AUGUGGCUGCUAAACACCUCUGCUUUGGAGCUGAAAUACUUCUUUGAGAACAACAGUCCCACCUAUGCUGUAUUGUCUCACAGAUGGACCCAGGAAGAAGUCACCUUCGAGGCCAUGGGAAAUGGUGACUGGCAGCAGGUCUGCUAUGUCUUCCUCAACGAUGUGAUGCCGCCGCACGUCGACGACCUGCUUUAUCAGCUUGCCGACAGUAAUUGGUUCAGGACGCUACAGGAACUGAUCGCGCCACGAUCGGUGGAGUUCUUUGAUUGUGAGUGGAACGCUAUCGGCACGAAGAUCUCGCUGGCCGAGUCAAUCGCCGCCACUACGAGGAUCGAUGUCGACGUCCUGACUGGUCGCAAACAUGCACAUGAGGUCUCCGUGUGGGAACGAUUCUCGUGGGUGACACAUCGUUCGACGACACGACUGGAGGAUCGAACUUAUUGCCUACUCGGUCAGUUCGCGGUCAACAUGCCGUUGCUAUACGGCGAAGGCGAUCGGGCAUGGGAUCGAUUGAUCAAACAGAUUGCGAAGUUGCCACCAGCCAUGCAGAGUUUCUCCAUGGUCAAGGAAUGCCGUGUCUUCUUCCAUGUUCAUUUCGAUCUGCCGCCUGAUAUGCAGAUCAGUACCGCCAGCGUGCGGCCAGGGUAUGCAUGGUCCAUCAAGGGACAUACGGCUCUAGUCGAAGCAACUUACACUGUUGUCCUGCCCAUUGCAAGCAGGAAUGCCAGCGGGGACAAGCAAAACAUCGAUUGUGCCUUCGGCGUGACCAAGCGUACUGUGGGAACCGAUUCCAGUGGAUGGCUUCAAUUGGGUAUGGACUCUUAUGGACAUGAUGAGAUGUGGUUGAAGCAAGUAGAGAGACUUGGUUGUGCAAAGACUGGUAUCCUUGAGCUUGAGCUUGACCUUGAUAGGCCGCGAAGCUUGACGGCGACAAUCGAGGAACAGGAGGAGAUGGCCAGGUCAGGAGCUAGAGUUUUUGUGCUUGUAAUUCGGCUGCAUGAUCGAGGCCAGUCUCCGGGCGGGUGGACAUUGUUGCCUGAACCGUCACCGCCAUGCACCAGGAGUGGUGGAUCUGAUCGGGUGAGAACACCAUCUAGACUGGGUAUCAAGGCAUGGUUCCAUCAGGAUCAGAUGCAGAAGAUACGGGGACGGCGGCGGUAA